AUGCGCUUUGGUUCUCGCAGGUUGUAUAUAACUCUUGCCGGGGGUGGUAUUAUAGGAGGGACGGCUUAUUGGUAUGGGACUUGCAGAAACAGAGCGAACAGCACAGCACCACGUCAACUCUCUGCUGACGAGUUUAACGCCUUACAGGACAAGGAUCUCCUCACUGAAGCAUUCCGAGCAACACAUCUACCAUGGAGCGGAAGCACUCAACGCAAUGGACAACAUCAUAAAGGGCAGGACUUUAGCAUGACACUUUAUCGCCUCUUGGGAUGCCCGUACUGUGCUAAGGUAGAAUGGGUGCUGCGUUACCAUUGUGUCCCAUUUGAAAUAGUAAAUGUUGACACACUCUCUGGCGAAGGGAUUCCAGAUUCUCGAUACACUUUAGUGCCUCAAAUACGAUUGACUCGAAUGGAAGAUAGUUCUCAUCCUGUCUCUGGAGAGGAUGGGGAGGGAGUCUAUGUGGUGGAUUCUCAGAAGAUUAUUUCCUCAUUAUCUGUUCCUUUGGGAUUUGCUGAACAGCUUGAGAAUCAACGGGUCUUGGAAACACGCCAGUGGAUUACAGAACGGUUUCAAGCCGUGAGUUUUGUAGUUACUAAUGGUACUUGGAGAGAUGCAUUUGCUUCUUAUCCAUAUGUAACCCCAACACGUUAUCACAAUAUAUUUUUUCAUGUAUUUGGGGCAUCUGUCCUAUGUGUCCUCUCAAAGUACAAGAUUCAACCAAGUCUUAAGUCUCAGAAAUCUGAUAUGAGUGAAGCACCACCCAAGGAUACACAUGUGUGGCUGCGUAAAGAGUUGGAAUUCUUUUCUUCACGUUUACAGGAUGAUCCUAGCCAAAAAUUUCAUGGCGGUAAAGAACCAGAUAUAGCGGAUGUGGAAAUGUAUGCAGUUACACGUAUUAUUGAUGCCCAUCCUAGACUGAGGAAUAUUCUACAUGAAGGGGAUAUUGGAGAGUGGAAUGCUGCAAUGGAUGAUGUGAUGCAGAGGCGCAUAGCGAAGAACGCUUGA